AUGUGGCAGGAGGCACGGAAGCACGAAAGGCACAUCCGGUCAGUUUUGGUUGAUUACCGAAAGCGAGCUGAGCGGCGAUUAAACUUCUAUUCUCAAAUCCGGCAAGACCCAAUCAAGUUUUUGAGAGUUUACGGCACACAAGCGAAAAUAAAUUUAGAUGUCGAGGUGCGGAAAGCUGCCGAAAACCCCAAAAACAUGAUGCCUUGGACGGUAGAUCCAUCCAUCUUGAUUGAUCGUUUCGAUGCUAGGGCGAACCUUGAAACCUAUUCAUCGACAAAGCCUACUGACAUAAAACAAACCACAGAAGAGAAGAUUGAGGAACGUCUGUGCAAUUACGAACGCUAUAGAUGUCUUGCACACAAUGAUUUUCUUGAAGUGACUGAGUCGAUGGCGCUUAAGCAAAUCGAACGAGAGGAGAAGUAUGGGGAUACACUGACCAAGAAACACGAGGAGGAUUCCAGGGAUAAAAAACCACUGGAACCCAAAGCAGCCAUCGGAUUUGUGUACGAAGAGGGAGAAAUCAUAGCCGGGAAACUGGCGCUGCCUUUGCAGUCGAAGAAAGCUAGCACCGGUUCAGAUUCCGAGCCCUCAGAUGUGGACAGCGAUGCAGAUAUCGACGUGGAGCUUGAUCUGGACAGCUUGGAUGCAGAGCAGCGCCAGGAGCUGAUUGAACACUCCCAUGCGUACGGCAUGAAACGCUCCGACUUCAUUCGUCUCCUCGACGCCGAUCAGGUACUCGAAACGGAGCUCCGGAUGGCCAAAAUAUUGGAGGAGGAGAAGUCGCAACAUCUGAGAAGGCCAAGACGAAGACACCAGCCGCGAAUGCGGCAACCGUUCGAUAAGUAUUCACCUGCUGUCCAGGGACCGAAGGUCGGCCUCCUCAACGGACAGCCCAUCACUCGCCGCAAGGUUUACCUCUCAGGCGCCUCCUCAGACUCGGAGAGCUACGGGUCGCCUUCGUCGGAGGAUGAAGAUCGUGGCGGCAGGAGUCGCAAUUUCAGCUCCGGAAAGACGGCUUCUCAGUUGGCGCGCACCAAGCCCGCGCUAUUUGAGUCAAAACGACCCGCGGUUCUUAUCGGUGGGCUUACUCUUGUGGCCUUCUGUGACCCUAAGAAGCGUCGCAGGCGCUUUCGUGACCGUCCGCGCAGACGACAACGCAGUAGCCGAUCGAAGUCACGAACUUCUGGCUCAGAGGAAUCUCGUGACUCCAGCAGCGACAGCAGUCGCCGCGGUCGUUACUGCCACCGAAAUCGAAGUUCAAAGCGUUCGAAAGUGGAGUACAUCACCACCUUUGGCAACGAGGACGAGGAUGAUGAGUUGACGGAGCGGAGGGAUUUCCCCCUAUCCCACCUUCCGGGGGUGGCUGCCGGACGUCCAAGUGAUGCCGCCUCAAAGGUGGCCGCUUCCGUCGUCUCUUCGUUGUUCAAGGAAUCCUCAACUGCCGCUGCCCAUAACAAAAAGACACCAGGCAGUAUUCGGAUGAAACCGGCUUCAGCUGCUUCUAUCAGUUCUUCAUCAGCACAGUCCAGAUCUUCGGCUGCAAGAGAUCGUCGCUUUUCGUCGUAUCGACAUAGACAGUCCUCUUCUUCCUCAUCCACCACCAAAAGACGUUCGCGUCGACGUUCUUCCACGCGCUCGUCAUCGUCAUCACCCUCGCGCUCGGGCUCAACGGCCAAGAAGGCGGGCGGUCUGACCUCCCAUAAUCGAUCACCUAGUCGUCGUAGUGGCGAUGGGGAAGAAGUGGUGCCAAUCAAGCGCUACUAUCGCCGUGAGUUGGAGUCCGACGAGGAGAAGAAGAUGGUGCUCUCUUCAUCCGCCUCCUCCGCUUCUGCCUCCGCGUCGGAUACUGAGGGCUACCGUCGGCCCUCAUCGCCUGCCUCCCCUACUCACGACCACUCAUCGUUCGUGGAGCCCGACGGACGAAGAAGGUACUUGGGCAACCUGGGCGAGGCGGGUGACUUUUUCCCCGGGGGUAAGGGAACAGCCUCACCUUCCCAACACCACCAUCAACAACAGCACUCGGUCGAUCGAUAUUCCAAUCCUCCUAACCCACAUACUUCUACUUCCUCUAAAGAUAUCCGGACAUCAGUAAACAAGGUGGUGUUGUCCACUACCCCUAGACUCACUCCCCAGGAGAUAAUGAAGCGACGAAUGCAAGCGCAGUUGAACAAAACGAUGAACGCUGAGAAGAAGGCUGAAUUGGAGCGAUUGGAGAAACAAGAGAGGGAGCGUAUGGAUCGAGAAGAAGGCUUGCGCAAACUUGCAGCUCAGAUGCGCCAAAGAGAGAUUGAGAAGCGACUAGCUGAGCGCGGCUUUCGGCAUCAGCUCUCCUCGCAUCAUUCAUCCACGGGUGCGGCUUCUUCCUCUCGUCGCUCCGCCUCCUCAUCGACCAGUCGUAGCUGUUCGCCAACCUCCCCGAUCGUGCCGCCCGCUCUUCGGCGCACCUCACCUUCCCAGCUCUCCACAGUCAAUCUUGGUACGGCAAAAUCAGUCCUGGAGGGCCGUCGAGAGCGCGGCUGCGUCGUCCGCCUUCACCGUUUCGUCGUCGGGACUACCAAAAUCGAUACGGCGGGAGCACGCGUAGAUAGCAGGCGCCCUGCCCUCCUCGCCCCGGCAACCGUGGUGAACGAGGAAAGACCGAUGUUCUCGAGGGCUGCAUCGAUGAGCCCUGUCCUUCCACUCAUGAAAAAUGUGGAGUUGCGCCUAGCGGCAACUAUUCAGGAGGUUGAAAUGAGUUUAAAUCCCCAUCUUAUCCAUCUUGAGCGGGUCUUGUUAUGGCUUGCUUCCAACGACUUCGAAAUCGCUCACCCGCGGAAUGCGACGCGUGCGCCCGCCGACCGGCCGCACAAAUUCCGCGGAAUCACGAAUCAGGUGGGCGGCAGUGACCACUGGUCAGCGCGUCGUGUCCAGGUGUUCGACCAAUCACGCCGUGACGUCGGCGGCAGUGGUCAUUUCGGUGCCACCGCGAUUGGUCAAUAG